UUGACAUUGUGUAACCAAGUGUGAAAAACAUGACACGAGAUCUAGUCCAGUGGUUUAUAAUCAUUAGGCGGCACAAGGUCAUUGUUUUGCCGUCCCUCAAAAAAAAAAAAAUAAAAAAAAUUCAUUGUUUUGCCGUGAAAAAAAAAAGGAAAAGGAAAAGACUGUAAUGGGUAGGGUUUUAGAAUAGGGUUUAUGGUGAGGGCAGGAAGAGAGGGGAAGAGAGGAGAAGAGGAACUGAGGAAAGGAGUGAAACAUGGGUGAGUUGAAGAAGGAGGACAUCCUUAGAGACAACAACAGUGAUAAGUCCGACUCCAAAACCUCACUAUCUCUUACUCACAAAGCACUCUCAUCUGUUUCUUGCUUAAGCGAUUUCAACAAACUCCAGAGACUUGACCUCUCAUUCAACAGUUUAACUUCACUCAAGGGUUUGGAGUCGUGCUACAAUUUGAAAUGGUUAUCUGUGCAACAAAACAAGCUUCUCAACUUGAAUGGCAUCCAAGCCCUCACUAAUCUCGCUGUGUUUAAUGCUGGAAGAAAUAAACUUAAAUCUAUGGACGAGGUGAAAAAUCUCGUUAAGUUACGUGCUUUGAUAUUAAACGACAAUGAUAUUGGAUCAAUAUCUGGCCUUGACCAACUAAUUGAAUUGAAUACUCUUGUUCUAUCUCGAAAUCCAAUUCGUACAGUAGGCAAUUCACUGGCCAAGCAGAAAUCGAUUGUAAAGAUUUCUCUCUCUAACUGCCAACUAGAAGAUAUUGACAAUUCAAUCAAGGCUUGCACUGGACUUCAACAACUGCGCCUUGCUCAUAAUGAUAUUAAGACUCUUCCCGAGGGGCUGGCUUAUAGUAAGAAACUCCAAAUUCUUGACUUAGGAAAUAACAUGAUUUCAAGGUGGUCUGACCUGGAGGUACUUUCUUCAUUGCAUAACUUGAAAAACCUUAACCUACAUGGAAAUCCAAUAGCUGAGAAGGCCAAGCUCAUAAAAAAGGUUAAAAGGCUAGUUCCCAAUUUGGAGAUACUCAACUCUAAAAAGAUGGAUAUGUUGAGCUCUAAGAAUGAUCAGAAAGUUGAGUGUGCCAUGAUUAGUGUAGGAAAUGAGCUUAAACCUUCAAAGAAAAAGGAUGAUGUUAAUCAUUGGAUUACUAAUUCCAACAACAGUGUAGAUGCCAAUUCUGAUAAACAGGUGAACCAAAAAGGGGUGAAUAAUCACCAUGAGCUUGCAAAGACUGGAGUACUUGAAGAUGAUAGCUACUUUAUGGCAGAAAAGUCUAGUGGGAACUUAAAUUUAGAACUCAAUGCCAAUGUAUUUCACGAGAAAGAUUUUUCAUUUGGCAAGAAAAGAGAUCAGAAAAUUUCUAGAAAAGCUAAAUCAAGUGAAGUUGCUGAAGGGGAGCCUGAUGUGGCACAUAUUGUUCGUAAGAAGGAUCAUGCGGAGAAAGAAGAUCAAGUGCUAAAGGCUGACAAAACUAUGAAUGAUAAAAGAUCAAAAAGAAAGGUAGAACAUUUGGAUGUUAUUGAUGAUAAGGAAACUCCAUUUGCAGAACUUGUAGCUUAUGAUGCCACGGAGAGUAUGAAUCCUAAUACCGGGCAAAGUAGAGGCAGCCAAGGUGUUGGGAAGUUUGACACAAUUAGUGCUCUGGUUACUUAUCCAGCAAAGAAAAAGAAAACCAAGAAUAAAGGUGCUGAAGCUUCUGUGCUUCAGAUCUUGAUGCCAGAAAUUGGGCUGGGCGGGCCAUCAGCAUGGAAUGAUGCUGAAGAGUGACUGGUGAAAUUGUCCGAGCAUAGCUAUUCAUUCUGUUGAAGCCAAGCUCUAUGUGAAACUAAUUCAGUCUUUUCUUGUUGGUCCAUUCCAGUAUCACUUGUAUGUUGUACGGAGUAUCAUUUGCUCAGCUCACUCAGCUAAAAGAUCUUGCUUACACUGAAGUUGCAGGUACUGCAGGUGCAGACUUAAAUUGUCUUCUUUUACUGUGCUCAGUUAUUGAUUGAACCGAACUGUUUUCUGUAUCACUAUAGAGGUCAAGUUAUAUGAUCUGAUGGGUUCUCUCCUGGAUCAUUCUUUCCAUCCUAGUUGGUGUUAACCCGAAUUGAGGGGCUGUUUGGUUGGGGUUAAUAAUCAAAGGGAAAGGGAAUGAAUUCCCUUUGUUGUUGUUUGUUUGUCACAUUCAAUCAUUCCCUUGACCCAUUUUUAUUUUUGAGUUCACCCAAAAUCCCUCUAUAUUGAUUCCCCACCCUCCCCCUCCUAGACUUUUCCAUUCCCAUUCCCUAGCCAACAUCAGCCACCACCAUGCCAACAUCAGCCACCACAGGAACCACCCUUCUACCCUACCCCCACCGCAAAGCCACCACCUAGCCACUUUGUCGCCCCUCCCCCGGCCAUCGCCGCCACUCGCCGACCGCCGAUAAGCACCACCAUCAACCGACCCAACUUCACUGGCAUAACCAGCCUUUCAAAUCGCCCUAUACCCACCGGAAAAAACCCACCCUCCUUGAAAACCACCCCACCGAAACCACCCUAAAUCCACCUGUGUGAACCACCUCACCCAAAUUCGACACAACCACCACCCAUUGAAACACCCACCAAAGCAGAUCUAAACACAAUCAAUCUGGGCUAUGAACAGCAGCAACAACAGCCCGGAAUUGCAAAGUGAAUCACUGACGAAAAUGCAGAGACAAAGAUAGUGAUGAUGGCAGACUUCUCUUUCUUCUUCUUUACUGGGUCUUUCUUUGAUUGUUAUUUAUUUGUACAGUAAAGUAUUUUAUCGAAGUAAAACUUUUUUUUUUUUUAAUUUUAUUUUUAAAUAUUUGUAAAUUUCACUUUGGGUUGAAGGAAAAUGGGAAGAAGAUUUGGAUUUUAUUAUACAGAGGUUAAUGUUAUUCCAUCCUAGAUGUGUUGGGAGGGGUGGGGGAGGUGCGACGGGCUCCGGGGAAUUCCGACAAGGUGGUGGCUGGGCAGUGAGGUAGCUGAAGAAGUGGGAAAAUGAAGGAAAAGGGGGGUUGUGUGGUGGUGUUGGUGUCCUUGGUGAUGGUGCUAUGGUGGACCAUUGGUGGUGGUGAUUAACAUGCUAAUGGAAUGGUUUUCCAUUCCAUUCUCUUUGAAUACCAUUCCGUUUAUCCCGUGCGAACCAAACAGCCCCUGAUUUGAUUUAGUGACAGUAAUGAAGAAUGAGAUGUAACAAGUGCUUCCAUAUAUUUAGAUCUUAUCAAUACCCAGGAUAAAGCACUUGCAAAUUUGCAAUUGAUACUGUCCCUGGAGAAAAGAAGGCUUGCACCUCUUGCAAAUAUGUCGUUUUAUAAUGUUAUUACCCUUAAUCGUACUAAAUAGGCUUAUGAAGAAUGUGUAAAUUUGUUUUUCUCCUGCUUAUUAAAAAGCGCAGAGUAUACCAGUUGGUUUUGAAAUUGUGAAGUGGAAUGCUUUCUAGCUCAA